AUGACCAGACCAGGUGACGUGCCCCAGCCCUGUCCUGCCGAGGUGGAGUUCCUCUCGUCCUCUAUUGCCCAGCUCAAAGUGGUGCAGACCAAGUACGUGGAAGCCAAGGACUGCCUCAAUGUACUCAACAAAAGCAACGAAGGAAAGGACCUGCUGGUCCCGCUCACCAGCUCUAUGUAUGUCCCUGGGAAGCUCUCAGAUGUCGAGCACGUGCUGAUAGAUGUAGGAACAGGCUACUACGUGGAGAAGACAGCAGAUGAUGCCCGAGACUUUUUCAAGCGGAAGAUUGACUUCCUGACCAAACAGAUGGAGAAGAUCCAGCCUGCGCUGCAGGAGAAACAUGCCAUGAAGCAGGCCGUGGUGGAAAUGAUGAGCCAGAAGAUCCAGCAGCUCACGGCCCUGGGGACCGCGCAGGGCGUGACAACAAAGGCGUAGCCUUCGGCCUCAGGGGCUGCCUUCAUCAGCAUCGCUGCUGGGACGAGAGCAGAGCUGCUGAAGAAAGCCGCUGGGGCCCAGACCACCUUGUCCCCCCUUCCCCAACACUCCUCUCCCUGCUCGGCAGGGCUCUGCUG